AUGAUCAACUACAUCAAAGCAGAUUUGUUCUCCCAUACUGGUCCUGGAGUCAAAGUUUUCCUCCAUGCCUGCAAUUGUAAAGGUUCCUGGGGUGCUGGAGUGGCCACUGCGUUCAAAAAACAUUUUCCCAGUACCUAUGAUGUCCAUAGACAAUAUUGUCACCAAUUCAAGUCUCACAGUCUGGAUCUUUUAGGUAAAUGUCAAUUGAUCAAGAACAGCCCUACCGACAAAGGUUUUGUUCAACUUGGGGAAUGUUUUGUGGCAUGUGCUUUCACAUCUGAUGGGUUUGGAAGGAAUGUUUUACCUCCACAAGAUAUUUUGAAGUAUACAGAAAUCUCAUUGAGGGACUUAGAAUCCCAGCUUAAAGCGUUGGAUGUGGAAUCUUAUGAUGGUAAACCAGUGGUGAAUUUGCCCAAGAUUAAUUCAGGGUUGUUCGGUGUUCCGUGGGAGGAUACUGAGGAGAUCUUAAAACGAAUUGAUCUCCAUUUCAAUGUGUACUACAUUUAG